AUGUAUAAAUCGGGUAUAUUUAAAACACCGAAUUAUCCGAAAAAUUAUCAAUAUGAAUUAAAUUGUUUAUUGUAUUAUUUUCAUGGUUUAUCUAAUGAACUAGUGAAAAUUACAUUUACAACAUUCAAUUUAAGAAAACCUAUUGAGAAAAAAUGUAUAGAUUAUUUAGAUAUGUUUACUACAAUUGAAUCAAAUAAUCAAAUGGCAAAACAUUCUAAUCUUAUGAAUAUCUCUUCAAUAAAUUAUUCUAGACCAGCGGAUUAUAGAUUAUGCGGUGAUUUAAAUGAUUUUCCACAAAAUGAUUUUUAUUCAAUUAGUUCUAUAUUAUUAUUAAUAUUUCAUACAGCAUCUAAAAUUCCUGGUAUCAAAUAUCAUCAACAAAUGGGAUUUAUUGGUCAAUUUACAUUUGAUUUAAAAAGUAAUUAUCAAAAUAAUGGAAAACAUAAGGAAAAUACAUUUUGUGAUUAUGAAUUUCAUCAUAAUAAAUUAUUAAAUAAUACAAUUAAAUAUGGAAAUUUUUUCUCACCAUUUUAUCCAAGUAAUUAUCCACCAAAUAUUAAAUGUCGAUUCAUUUUUAUAGCAGAUAAUAAUCAACGAAUUCUAUUAACAUUUCAUUCAAUUCGAUUAAAAUCAAUGACAAAUGAAGAUAAUAUAAGUAAUAUAGAAAGAUGCAGUACAAGAAAUUCUAUACCUGUGCAAAAUGAUUUUAUUUCCAUAUCUGAGAUGUACAAGAAUAAAUCGAGAACAUUGGCAUAUCUUUGUACUAACCUAGUGAAUAUACAACUUGUUUCACAUACUUCUAUAUUAAAAUUGGAUUUUAUCAGUCGUAGUCCUUUCUAUCAAGGUCAAGGUUUUCAUGGAACUUAUGAAUUUGUUCAUGAAUCUCAAGUUUUACCUUCUCCAUUUCUUGAAGAAGAUGAUCAACUAGUUGAAACUAAUGAACAUGAAGAAAAAUAUCAAAAUUCUAGAAAUAAUCAAGAUAAACUAGAAAAUUUGUCAAAUACCAAUAAGUCCAGACUAUUUUUUGCUGAUGCUGGAUUUACAUCCACAAGAAAUAUGCAAUUUCACGAAGAUGAAUAUUCAUCGGAUCCAGAUUUUAUGAACUUUCAUCAUUCUAAUCAAUUCAAUAAUGAAAUGAAAUCAAAAUAUGUACAAAGAAAAUUAAUUGUUUCAAAAGGUCCAGUAAAUCGUACACAAGGUAUAAUUCAUUCACCUCAAUACCCGGAACCUUAUCCACCUUCAAUUAUAACAAUGUAUACUUUUAUAGGUCAGCCUACAGAGAUAAUUUUAGUGAAAUUUUUAUUUUUAGAACUUGGAAAUUCAAAUAACUGUGAAAAUGAAAAUCAAUCAUUAGGUGAUCGUAUUCAAUUAAUCGAUGGAAUCCAUAUUGAUGAUCCAUUAAUUAUAGAAUAUUGUGAAAAUAAAAUUAUAACCAAUAAUCAACAAAAUUUGUAUACAACAAUUAAACCUGAAUAUUUUAUUUCAUCAAAGAAUUUAAUGGUAUUAAUAUUUAAAAGUGACCAUAUAACUAAACCAAAUGAAUUAGGUUUUAAAUUAUUUUAUAGUUUUGAACUAAAAGAUCAAAAUUAUAUAAAACAUACUUAUAAAGAAGAAAAAGAAAGAAAAGAAAAAGAAGAAAAAGAAAAAAGAAAAAAAGAAAACUAUUUAACGAUAACUAAUCAAAAUGGAAUUAUUCAAAAUAAACCGGUUAAUUGUUCAAUGUUUACACUUAUUACUGAAAUUAGUUUAAUUCUGCCUAUAAUCAUAUGUUUCCAAUUGAAUGAAAACAGAUAA